AUGGAGCAAGAAACGACGGUAAGAGAUCAUGAGGCCUCAUUGGAGCUGGAGAGGUUUCACACACCGCAAUCACAAUCACAACAGCAACCUCAAGAUCCAGAAGCAGAGGUAGAGCAAGAGUCUCGCCAAGGAUCAAGGUCGCCCAAGCCAGAAUCACCCGAGGAACCUCGGCAAACGCCGUCUCACUAUACAGACAAGCGCUUCCAUCACCAGAAAAAGCUGCGAAAGGCACUCACUGCAAACCUGAUAAGAUGGCUCAUCUCUGUCGUCUUCGUCAUCGCCAUCUAUGUCAUUCUCUGGCACUACUCUAACAAAGAUGUCAUGUCAGGCGAGACCAAGCGCGAGUUCAAUGCCCUCGUCAUUGGGAUGUCUCUUGGUCUUGGUCUGAGCAUCACGUUUUCCCUCGAAGCAAUGGCAAAGGAGAUCAGGUGGUGGAUCCUGAGUCUUCGUGAAUGGCCAGAUCGAGAGGCCGAGUUGAUCCUCAAGGCCAAGGACCUCAACCGCAUCGUCCAGCUCACAUGGGUUUCUCGCUCUUGGUGGAUACGUUUCUAUGCUAUAUCCUUUAUCCUGCUGAACAUAAGCUCCCAAAUCGCCGUGGCAACUCUGGGUCUGACAUAUUCCACCAACCCAGCAGACUCCUUUGCCAUUCUGAAACCAGGCAAUGUCACAAUCCCAGACCUGUGGGACCUAGACACGGAGAGAGUUCUCGCAUCCAGCUCACAGGGACUAAGUGCUCUUCGUUAUACAGCAAAUAGCUACGGCUCUAUCGCCCUUGCAUGGGUUUGGGGCACAAUGGACGAUAUCCCAUACCCUGGUACACUCUGGGACAACAACGACCCCUUGAUCUACUGUGGAGGCUCAUCUUGCAAGUAUAUAUUCCAAGAGUCCACGCGGAGUCGGAAGAAAUACGACCUCGUCGUGAGCACAAACCGUAGUGUCGAAGUCACUGGACGCUGUCGCAGCUGGAAAGUUACAAGAGGCGCCAGGGGAAACGAGUCAACCAUCACCAUCGCCGACGACGAUAGCUCUAGGGUCGAGCUCAUGGCGGUAAAUGGCAUUGAUCAGACAACCUUCAUGUUUAACGCUACCGCCGAUCAAGGCACAACCUGGAGCGAGGUCACAGCCUUCGAGGCGUCGACUUCCAACUCAUGGUACUACCGUUGCAACAUUAGCUUCGGCCCCGUAAUCAACGCCGCUCGCAAAGAGCACCAGAUGGGCACCAACAUCACAUCCCUCGCCUCAUCAGCCAUCGCCCUCCAAGGCUACGGAGCUUCUUCUCUAGGAUCCAGCAACAGCAGCCAGCAGUUCCAGAGCUACCCAGCCGAGUCGACAUACGGCAACCCCCAGAACGGCAGUGCAGAGGGUAUGGGCAAGUUGACGGCAGCCUUUGCAGCGGGAACCGUGGCGGUUGCGGCGCAGGCCAACGACCAGGUCGUGGUGCCGGGGCUUCGGCCGCAGACGGGCGUCAUUUUGGACGUUCCCAAGUGGAGGAAUGUGCAUCUGAUACUAGGGUUAACGCUCGGCAUCCAGCUUGUCUUGGGUGUAGGGAUUGCGAUUCUUUCCAACUGA